AUGGAUUUUGUUGUGGGGUUACCGAGGUCGAUACAUAACCAUGAGAUAGUGUGGGUGAUAGUGGACCGAUUGACUAAAUCAGCUCAUUUUCUACCCAUUCGAGCUACUGAUACUGUAAAGGAAUUGUGUAAGAUCUACAUUAGAGACAUAGUUAAGCUUCAUGGAGUGCCGGUGUCUAUUGUCUCAGAUCGUGAUCCUCGUUUUUCAUCUCGAUUUUGGAGUAGUUUCCAAGCAGCUUUUGGUAUUCCUUUGAGUUUGAGUACUGCUUUUCAUCCUCAGACCGAUGGCCAGUCCGAGAGGGUCAUUCAGGUGUUGGAGGAUAUGCUUCGUGCUUGUGUGCUAGAUUUUCGGGGCAGUUGGGAGGAUCACAUUCCAUUGUUUUUGGGGCCAGAGUUGGUGCAAGAGACUACGGAGAAGGUUGCCAUCAUUCGAGAUCGACUUCGCACAGCUCAGAGUCGACAGAAGAGCUAUGCAGAUCGACGCCGUCAUGCUUUGGAGUUUAGUAUGGAGAGGAUUGGGGAGGUGGCGUAUAGAUUAGCUUUACCACCCAGACUAUCUACUGUUCAUGAUGUUUUCCAUGUCUCCAUGUUGAGGAGGUGCUUGAGGGAUGAAACUCAGGCCAUUGACUGCACAGAGGUCCAGAUUCGUCCUAAUGCAACCUAUGUUGAGAUGCCUGUUCGCAUUGUUGACAGUAUGGUGAAACAGUUGAGGCGGGCAGAGAUACCUUUGGUGAAGGUGCAGUGGAAUCAUCAGGACGAGAGAGAGGCUACUUGGGAGCUAGAGUCAGAAAUGAAGGAAAAGUACCCACAACUCUUCGAAUAA